UGACGUGUAUUGUUUGUUUCGAUUCCUACACCGCCAUGGCCACCGACCUAGACGGAGAUUCUCAAAUGGCUUCCUCUCCUGAAUCCUCGCGCGCUCCCUCUGAAGACUCUCACCCCGGCACUCGCACCCCCACCAACAAGCUCUCCAGCACCCGUCCCCCGUUCGGGGGCUCGGAACUCUCCCCACCCGGCUCGCAACCCCAGACCAGCACACUAGGAGGGCAGAGCAAGAGCUUUCCACCGGGGCUUGUGGACUCCCCCUUGGCUACGCAGACAAAGCAAGUGGAUCAGCAAACGGCUUCGGUCGCGUCAUGGAUGAAUAAUCGUGCGGGGGAGGAAUAUCAGCGCGCCAUGGACUAUGUGAUUGAUCAGGACUUUAAUCUGGAUGAAUUCGGAGAUCCCUUUGAUGAGCGGGAUGUGGAGGACAAUUUGUUCUAGAUGGAUUCGAAUCUAGACUUGGUUUGACCGAUGGAUUACAUCGCGUGGCUACAGCGGUGAUGGAGUUGGAGUUUGGUGUUGUUUCAUUUUCUAGGGUCAAGCGUGAAUGAAUGAUUUAUGAGCAUGAGUAUGAGAUAUGAGGUCUAUGCAAUUUCCAGUGGCUAAAUCUUCCUAGAGCAGGACGGUGGAGCUGCCAGAGAAAAGAAAAUGAUAUAAAUAUCACGAUAACUUCCACAUUGA